CAUGUUUUAUAUAGUUUCGACGAGUUCCCAAAAAGCUAAGGCAAAUGGACCGGAUUACAAGUUCCCUGAGGACCAAAGCAUAAUUGUGAUUAUAUCAUGAACUGAGGCCCUCUUAAAGAAGCAAUCAAACUAUUGAAUAGGACGUGAACUUUAAAACAUACAGUGGAAUUUUAUGACUUAAAUGUUAAUUGAAACUGGAGACAAUAACAAUUUUGAUGAACAUGGGGCUUUCGGAUCUUCUUGUUCAGUUUCCUUGGCUUACACAAUAGACAUUUAAAAUCUCAGUUGUAAAUAGAUCUAGACUAUUUUUGUUAUAAUAGGGGCGACAUAAUGACACGACGAAUCAUACACUUAGGGCUCUUCUUAGGAAUUCUAAUUCUCAUUUUGUCCAUACAUUACACACGUAUUGAUUCGGAAGACAAAUUGACUUGGCAAACAAAUUGGAGAGUUGGCCCACUUGGUGCGUUUAACAGACCAGAAAAUCACUCAAAUAAAACGGAAACAUAUGAAAAUAUGGUUGGACAGAAUCAUACAGAAAAGCAUAAUGAAAUGGAAAGAGAGGAAGGACAAAAUGCUGAAAUUAAAAAAUAUGACAUAAUUCAGAAAGAUAGAAUUGAAAACAAUGAAUCCUACAAGGGCCUUACAAACAUAUUUCCCGAAAACAAAAAUAAUUCCACGAGCAAAGCUUUAGUUCCAAACCUUGUCCAUUAUGUCUGGCUUGAUAUGAAAGGAAAACUGAAUUUUGAAUUCUUGCAUACAGUGAGUAUGAUAAGCGUACAUAAACGAUGGAAACCAGAUAAGAUCUUUCUCCAUGUGUAUCAGAAAAAUUAUCCGCAUGGGAAAUGGUGGGAUUACGUCAAGAAUAAUGUGUCGGGAAUCAAAAUUGUUGAGCAUGAGUUCGAUGAGCUAACUAUUUAUGGAGAAGUGCCCAAAUAUGUGGAGCAUAUGGCAGAUUUUCUAAGAAUAAAGAUCCUUAGAGAAUAUGGUGGGAUUUAUAUAGACACAGAUGUCAUAGCAUUACGCUCGUUGGAACCUUUACGGCAUUAUGAUCAUACGCAAGGUGUUGGUCUUGUUGGCACAGCUUUAUCAAAUGGUGUGAUAAUCGCAAAGAAAACGUCCAUACUUCUUGAAUUGUGGUUGGAGGCGUACAGAACAUACAACAAAAUAGACAUAGGGAAAGAAACUUCCUUUUGGCAGUACUAUUCUAUUAACGUACCGAGGACUCUCGCCGACAUAUAUCCCCGUUUGAUUCACAUUGAGAAAGAUACGUUAGUAAGACCAAAGAUUAAAUCAUACUCUCUAGAGCCAACGAAAAAAUAUGUUUGGGAGAACAACUAUUCGGUUCACGUUUGGCAUAGGGCUUUACCAGUGCCGAAGAGCCCUGGUGAGAUUAAAGAUUUACAAGACGAAUAUCUCCUUAAAGAGGUUAUUGAAUACAUUUGGUAUGAUAAACCACCGCCUAUCAGAUGA